GAAUGGGCAGCUGAAAAGGAGGGUGAUUCAUUGGUAUCUAACAAGUUGCGAGAGUGGAUUCUGUCGCACCUACACCACGUAGUCCCGCGUGUGCCUGCUUUCGAAACGCUGUAAAGCAGGGCACUCUGCGUUGUAAAGGAUGGGUCGUGGUCACGCUUCAGCCCGACUUAUAACGAAUAUAAGUGGCAGCAUCCGCAGCCAUGUGAACUUAGAAGCUUCAUACACAACCAUCCUCAAAAAACAACACUUCCAUCACUCAACCAAGUUCACCAUGCCUUCCUACAUCGUUACCUGCAAGGACGAAGCGUCCGACGAACAGGUCCAGUCUGCGAAGCAGCACGCCAUUGACCAGGGCGGCAAGAUAACACAUGAGUACAGUCUCAUCAAGGGCUUCGCUGUUCAGUACGAUGACGACAAGAUCCAAACACUUGAGAGCCACGAACACGUCAAGGCAGUCGAGCCCGAUGGCGAGAUGAAGACCCAGUAAUUGAAUGGGAUAGAAAUGAUGCGUACGAAGAGGCCAUGGAUAUCCAUACAUAGAUUAUCAUAAGCUCUGCUGCAUCGGUGUCAGGGAAUAUAAUCAUUAAACUGUCUUCUAUCGAAAGGCUAUGCAUCAACCGUGGCUUUUCGAGGCACCUAAACUCUAGCAUUUCAAUGCAGAGCCCUUCAUGUAGUAUCAAAGUGGCCCAUGAUGGCAACAUUGAACCCAAGACUUCUGAAAGUAUACGAUAUGAUGCUUGGCGGGGGACCAACUCGGUGACGUAUGCUCCUCACCCCGCAAUUGUGAGCCGUGUGAUAAGCGAUAAGCCGGCCGCAAGCGCUUCAAGUGGC